AUGUGCCUCAAGACAGCACCUCUAAUUCCCAUUGGAUCUUUAACGAUUAAUAAAGAAGAACUAUGUCCAGAGUCGAGAGUCUGGGCUUCGGAUAAUGUCGAAGGGUGGAAAAUGUUUCGUUCUUUGUCAAGUGACUCAGACAUCAAACAUCACGACGCUUAUCUACCGAAUGAUCUGGAGGUUAAAUUGACAAAGAUAAAACGACUCAAACAACACUUCGACUUGUGCCGAAAGUCCUGGGUGAGACUUGAAUUCAAUGUCAACAAUCAAUAUUCCGAUCGAGGCACUUUGAGGCUAUACUUCCUCCCGGAUGACGCGCUGCGCCGCACCGUCAAUCGAUCAGAUCGGUCCUUACUCAGAUCCAGAGACAAAAUCUUCGAUCAAUUGAACUACUCUCAAGAAGCAUGGAACGGAAGCACUGAUGCUAAAUGGCUGCACAGGUCGCACAUCUGCACGUCUAUCAACUUGAAAAGCGACCAGGAAGAAGGCAUGUCCCUUCUUCAGCUCUUUAACAACAUCCCAUCACCUGCGCCUGAAAUUGACCUUGUCGAGAAUCUCUAUGACAGAUCAGUCAUCCGCAAUCUUUUGAACGGCACAAUUGUGGGCUUGAAUUCAGAGCUGUAUCCUUACCAACGGAGGUCGGCGGCGUUGAUGUUGCAAAAAGAGGUUCAACCGGAGCAGAUUCUCGACCCCCGAUUACUUCAAAUCCAGGACCAAGAAGGCGGAUCUUGGUACUUUGACCCAGUCUCCAGUACAAUCUUGAGGGAUCCACGCUAUUAUGAUGGCGUUUGUGGUGGCAUUCUCGCCGAAGAGAUGGGUGCCGGCAAAACCAUCAUCUGCCUCGCACUCAUUCUUGCUACUAGAGAUCUACCGGCACAGCCUCCUGAGCAUUUACGCACUGGAGAUCGUCCAGUAAGGAAGGGCUUGGCUUCUCUAGCAGACAUGGCCGCUUCCUGUGCUACAAGACACUCGGUCCCAUGGAAACCCUGGUUCGGCCUUCUCGAGGCACAGUCGGGCCACGAACACACACGAUGUAUUCAAGCACUCGAACAAAACCCUGGUCAUUACUUUGUUCCGCCACCAAAAACACGGCGAACCGCAAGACGUUCUGCCGGGACACUUGAACUGUCCAAGAAGCAGGUUUAUCUCAGCAAUGGAAGCAUCGUCGUAGUACCUUCCAACCUGCUAGCGCAGUGGAAGCAGGAGAUUAAAAAACAUACCGAGGAUUUGAGGGUUCUGGUAAUGGAAGGGCACGAUCACUUGCCACCGCCCAAAGUUCUGCUAGAGUACGACAUGAUUCUAUUUUCUCAGUCUCGACUAGAAGCACUGAAAAGACAAGCAGGGGGAGUCGAUGCCACUCCGUUGUCGCAGGUUCAUUUCAAACGAUGCAUCGUUGACGAGGGACACAAGCUUGGUAAUUCCAGAAUAAGUGGCAAGAGCGAUAUGCUGCUGGUUUUGGAAUCCCUACAUGUCUCGUCGCGGUGGAUUGUGACUGGUACCCCGUCUCAUGGUUUGUACGGAGUAGAUGCACAAAAGAGGGCCAGUGAAUCAAAUGGUGUACAACGCGAGGACAGCAUCUCGACAGAAGCUGACGCGAAUGAGAGCCACUCUGAUCUCGAGAUGGAAACGAAAGAUUUGACAAGAAUAGGCGCGAUUGCAGCGCUCUAUCUUAAAGCUCGACCCUGGGCGAACACCUCUCUGGAACCUGGGGAUACUACAGCGGAUUGGGCCAAGUAUAUGCUGCUUCCAAAGCACAAAUCGACUGGGCAAGGUCGUUGGGACAUCUUGAGAUCUACCUUGAACUCCCUCAUCAUCAGGCACCGCCUCACAGAAGUUGGCGAUUUAUUACCUCCCGUGAACGAAAAAUUGGUCGUUUUAGAGGGUUCGUACCAAGAUCAAAUGUCACUCAACAUCUUCUCGAUGAUGAUCAUCUUCAACGCCGUACAAUCUCAGCGAACCGACAUGGACUACUUCUUCCACGCCAAGCAGCGGAAAGCACUGAUGCAAGUUGUUCAAAAUCUCAAGCAAGCAAGCUUCUUUGGUGGUUCUUUCUAUUCACGGCGAGAUAUUGUGAAAGCUGUUGAGACUGCUGAAGAAUUUCUCCAGGAAAACAAAAUCCCCAUCAGCGAUGAAGAUCGCUGCCUCCUUGAGCAAGCGAUACAGUUUGGCCAUGUCGUAAUAGACAACAAGCUCAAGGCACUGGGUAAUCAAUUCCACGAGAUGCCAGUAUUCGUCAAGGGCAUACCGCAAAGUCUCAGCUCGUCUUGGUCACUGGAUGGUGACACAGGAGAUGGCAUGUGCAGCUCAUCAAACAUGCUAGUGGCCCUUCAGAAACUCGUCUACAAAUCGGUGUCAAAACCUGACAAGUUCAACUCACUGCUUAACGGCCAGCUAGCCCAAGAGGGAGUUACGGAGAGAGAGCGCAUGCUUGCGUCGGAUGAUCCAGAAAUGAAUUCGCAAACAAUGGCUGGAAAUACGAAACUAGGAAAUGACCAGCACCCAAGCAUACGUGCUCGGAGCACAAAGGAUGCAAAGCCUGAAGCUGAGGCUAUCCCUGAUGGUGCUCUUGGGCCUUUAGAAGAAGCAAGAAUAACGUCUACUGCAUCCAUCAAGCUUUCGUAUCUGAUUGACAAUAUUCUGAGAUACCAGGAAGACGAAAAGAUACUCAUCUUCUAUGAAAAUGACAAUAUUGCAUGGUACCUAGCGGGCAUGCUUGAAGUUCUCCAAAUACAACACCUCAUCUAUGCCAAGGGCUUGACCGUCCAGAGGAGAUCCCAAUAUGUCAAUACAUUCAACCACAAUCCGAAAUUCAGGGUUCUAUUGAUGGACAUCUCACAGGCAGCUUUUGGUCUGGACAUGAGAGAGGCAUCGAGGAUAUUCUUUAUCAGUCCAGUACUCAAUCCACAGGUGGAAGCGCAGGCCAUUGGUCGUGCGCGUCGCAUUAGUCAGAAAAAGGCGGUAUUCGUUGAGACAUUGGUGUUGAAGAACAGCAUAGAAGAGGUGAUAUUGGAACGAAAACAACACAUGACGCAGGCAGAACACCACCGAGCGCAAUCGAUUCUGGACGUUGGUCCGAUCUACAACUGGAUCAAGAACGCACGAAUCAACCCAAUGCCGAUGGCUGAAGGCGAGCUUAGCAAAGAAGGUCAGAUGGCACCUCUCGGCACGCCUCAGUACAUCUUCAGAAGGGGAUUCGGGCGCACUAUGCACCCUGACGAAGGAUUGGUAUUGGAUGACUCCCCCACAAAGAAUACAAGCGAUGCAGGGAUGGUUCUCGGAAGUCUUGAGAUGACGAAUGGACUCAAGCGGACAUCGCAAUCCGACAAAGUUACAAUUGGCGAGCAUCAUAAUGAAGGCACGGCUUCAUCAAGCACCACAAGCGAUAUCGCCGCGCGUCCAUCGAAAAGAGUGCGCUUUGCCGGCAGUUCAGAGGAAGAUUGA